AUGUCCGGAGCACUCGAUGUCCUGCAGAUGAAGGAGGAGGAUGUCCUCAAGUUCCUUGCUGCUGGGACCCAUCUGGGAGGCACCAACCUUGACUUCCAGAUGGAGCAGUACAUCUACAAGAGGAAAAGUGAUGGGAUUUACAUCAUAAACUUGAAACGUACCUGGGAGAAGAUGCUUCUGGCAGCCCGUGCCAUUGUUGCCAUUGAAAAUCCAUUAGAUGUCUGUGUGAUCUCAUCCAGGAAUACUGGGCAGCGUGCUGUGCUGAAAUUUGCUUCAUCGUGUGGCGCAACACCAAUUGCUGGCCGUUUCACUCCUGGAACCUUCACCAAUCAGAUCCAGGCUGCCUUCCGGGAGCCCCGUCUGUUGGUAGUAACCGACCCCCGUGCUGACCACCAACCGUUGACUGAGGCUUCAUAUGUCAAUAUCCCCACUAUUGCCCUAUGCAACACAGACUCUCCACUGCGCUACGUUGACAUUGCCAUUCCCUGCAACAAUAAGGGAGCCCACUCGGUGGGCCUGAUGUGGUGGAUGCUGGCCCGUGAGGUGCUGCGCAUGCGGGGCACAAUUUCCCGUGAGCAUCCCUGGGAGGUUAUGCCGGAUCUUUACUUCUACCGUGACCCAGAGGAGAUCGAAAAGGAGGAACAGGCUGCUGCUGAGAAAGCUGUUACUAAAGAAGAAUUUCAGGGCGAGUGGACUGCACCAGUGCCAGAUUUCCCUCCGCAGGAGGUGGCUGAUUGGUCAGAAGGUGUGCAGGUGCCUUCUGUGCCCAUCCAGCAAUUCUCUGCCGAGCGUGCAGAUAUUGCAAUCACUCCUAAAGCAACUCAAGAGGACUGGAGCGCACAACCUGCAAGCACAGAGGACUGGUCUGCAGCCCCCACUGCCCAAGCCACAGAGUGGGUUGGGGCACCAACUGAAUGGUCAUAA